UCACUAGAGGGCGGUAUCACGAACGUCUUUCUUUUCGUGUCUCGCAGUUGUGAACAUGGCAGAAGUUGAGGUAAAGAAGAAGCGUACCUUCAGGAAGUACACCUUCCGUGGUGUUGAUCUUGAUCAACUCUUGGAUAUGUCCAAUGAGCAACUGAGUGAGCUGCUCCACUGUCGUGCCAGGAGACGAUUCAAGCGUGGGCUCAAGCGCAAGCCCCUUGCCCUCCUCAAGAAGCUCCGAAAGGCAAAGAAAGAAUGCCCUGCCCUGGAGAAGCCUGAGGUUGUCAAGACCCAUUUGAGGAAUGUCAUCAUUGUCCCUGAGAUGGUUGGAUGCAUGGUCGGUGUCUACAACGGCAAGGUCUUCAACCAAGUUGAAAUUAAGCCUGAUAUGAUUGGUCAUUACCUUGGGGAGUUCAGCAUCACCUACAAACCUGUGAAGCACGGUAGGCCUGGUAUCGGUGCCACCCACUCCUCAAGAUUCAUCCCACUCAAGUAAAACUUCUCAAGCGGCCUUCAUAAUCCUCUGACGCCCAUCCAUUUACAUCAUGCUUGAGACUUCAAAGACUCUCCUCUAAAGUUCCUCUUUGAGAAUAGACUCUAAAUGUCAUCCAGGAACUAAUAACAUACACCAAGCCCAACACAUCAAUGAGGUGAUUGACCAGAGUUCUUGCAAUCUACACCAUUUCUUCAGCCAAGUUUUGUUUACUGUGUACAACCACGACAAUAAAUCAAUCUGCAGAUACAUGUAGACAACACAA